AUGUCGCAUUUAACCGUUACGAAAUCAAAUUGCCUUUUCUUCUGCCAAAUGUCUGCUGCUCUUGUGAACAGAUCACUUACUACUGUGCGUACCGAGCUUGAGUUUUUGCUCGACUCGGAUGUCAUAGACAAGUCUCUUUUCGACACUUUGGUUGCUGCGCUUCCCCAAAAAUACGUCAAAGACGCUGCUCCUUGGGGGAUUGAUAAAAUCCGCCUUGAUGCUGCUCCGCCCCUUAGAGAAUCGGACUCUGUUACCGAAGCCUUGAAGAAUACAUCGCUCGAGGAAAAACCUCCUCAGCAGGCGCCGGCCAUUCCUCAGAAACCUCGCAACCCGCUUGUGGGUUAUUGCAAGGCUUCUUUCAACUACGAGGCGCAACAGGAGGGCGACUUGAGCCUUCGCAAAGACGACAAAAUUGCUGUCGUGGAGCACCUCUCGCCUGACUGGUGGAAGGGAUACCGCCAGGGGGAAAAUCCAGACAAGGCUGGCGUGUUUCCGUCUAAUUACGUCACUGUUAUCUCCGAGGCCGAGUUCAGUCUCUCGCAGAACGAACGGGCGCCGGAGAAGGCCCAGUACUCGCCUGAAAGCUUCUCGCGUCCUCCAGCGUACCAGGCGCCAUCCAAUGCGCCUCCAUCUGCUCCGUAUGGCGCGUACGACGACAAAAAAUCGUACGAACAAUCACCCUCACACGGCUACCAGGCGCAACAGCCAUCUUAUGGCGGCUACGCCCAGUUCCCACCUCCGCUGACCAAUUACUAUGCUCCACAACAGCAGCAGCCAGUGCAACAGCCGGUGCAGCAGCAACUUGCGCCUCCACAACAGCCGGUGCAACAGCAGCAUUCCGGUGCGUCGGAGCACUUUAAAAAGUUCGGAAGCAAGUUGGGUAACGCGGCCAUUUUUGGUGCCGGUGCCACGAUUGGAAGCGAUAUUGUCAAUCUGAUCUUUUAG